AUGACAGUCUCUAAGAAAGAUACAACCCGACGAAGCCUUUUCAAUCUCUGGAUUCCAACCAAAGUCGUCGUCUCUGGAAAGCUAGACACAUCUCCAACUGACUCUGGAGCAUCAGAAAGCCCGGCAUCAGAGCCAGCUAUCCCAGGGACAGGAAAAGACCGACUUAGGACUCGCUUAACUCGCAGUGGCUCCAAAAUCCUGUUGUUGCUGGGCCUACGGAGUUCGUCUAAAAGUAACAAAGAAUCCAGUGCUGAAACCGAUUGCUAUAAUUCUGUACACUCCGGCAACGAAAGUCCAGGUCUUUCAUCCCCAUCCUCCCCAAGUGAUAAUGGGGACAAUAGCCCAGGAUAUUUGACGGCAGUCGAGUCCCCACAAAGUGAACCACUACCUGUCACUCCUUCACUCGGCACUCCCAUCGAGGGAGUUGACACAUUGUCUGAGCCCCUUCCCGAUCUUCGGCCAUCACCCGAGAGUCGCGGUGAAUUAGUUGCUGAGGAUUUACAUCAACAUAACGCAGGUGAAGACGCUCCGUUAACCACUGUCAUUGAACAAUCAAGUCCAUCAAAUUCAAAGUUCGUCGAUCGUUUCUCACACAGAAUCUCCUUCGCCUUCGGUCAACCCACUGUGAUCCGUCGCGCAAAUCUUCGCUCUAGACCGAGUAUCCUUCCUGUCACUUCCCCAGUGUUAGACGGUCUAAGCAAACAGAUUGAUGGAGCCAACGAUAGUUCAGACCCAUCAACCAGUCCAAGUAGUGUUGGUUCCCCUGUUGGCGGGAAGACAACUCCAUUGACCCCAUUGACCCCAUUGACAUCUGGGGGCCCUUCUCCGUCGGAUGGAGACAAGCGACAUGAUGGACAUGAAACUGCAGUGGUUCAUUGGCCCGCUGUCCUGGAAAUUGAUGAAGCUUUCGAUCCAUUAGUCGCGAACUCAAUCACAAUAUCGCCGUCAAUCAAAACAGUGGAGAUGACAUCGGUAGCCAAGAUUUACUUGGAAUUAUACUUCAACUCCAUUUUCCAGAGCAAGGACCCACGUCAGCAACGUCAGCUCGAAUUAGAGCAGCAUAUCUACGCCUUUGAGCUUACCGCCGAGGAGCGAUUGAUGACAAGGCGCAACUGGGUAUUACGAGAAAAUGAUCAUCUCCGGCAGUGCCGUGUACUCAGAUCGAAUCGACACUGCACCCAAAGCGAAGGCGCAAUAUCCGUGGCUGGGUACAAAGCUAUAAAAACUCUGGGAAAGGGGAGUUUUGGUGUCGUGCGCCUUGUUCGGCAGAAUGGCAGUAGUCCAAAGAUGUCCCAUGAAGAUGACCCUCUGACUCUCAAAGAUGACAAUGUAUCGGUCAGGUCGAACCCUCUGGGAGCUCUAAUGUCUGCCAUGGAAGGCGCCAAGCAGAAGGUCUACGCUAUGAAAAUCAUCAAGAAAUCCGAGAUGAUCCGCAACUCCCAAGAAGGCCAUAUUCGAGCGGAAAGAGAUUUUCUUGUGGCCUCAGAAGCCUCUCGCUGGGUUGUUCCUCUGAUCACUAGUUUUCAGGAUGCCAACAAUCUGUACCUUGUAAUGGAUUAUAUGGUUGGCGGAGACUUUUUAGGGCUCUUGAUCCGCAGAGAUACGCUCCGGGAGGACUGGGCACGAUUCUAUGUCGCUGAAAUGAUACUAUGCAUCGAAGAGGCACAUCGACUGUGCUGGAUCCAUCGCGAUGUCAAGCCCGACAAUUUCCUCAUCUCUGCUUCGGGCCAUUUGAAGAUCUCCGACUUUGGCCUCGCAUUCAAUGGGCAUUGGUCUCAUGAUCAAGCCUAUUACAAUAGCCACCGUUACUCCUUGAUGGAGAAGCUCGGCAUUCAGGUUGAUGGCGAUGCUGAGGAUCAAAAUGAGGCUGCCAAGGCAAAAGAACUUGCACCUGACGUCAAAUUACAUAGCCCGACUGACUGUACUGCCCAUCCGCCUCCGUCAACGGGUUUGUUGGGCUGGCGAGACAACACUGGCAGACGCAGGUUCGCAAAAAGUGUUGUCGGGACCAGUCAAUACAUGGCACCUGAGGUCAUUCGAGGUGAAAUGUAUGAUGGGCGAUGUGACUGGUGGAGCUUGGGUAUCAUUCUAUACGAGUGUUUGUAUGGCUUCACGCCAUUUGCCUGUGAGAAUCGCCAUGAUACCAAGAUUAAGAUUCUCCAACACGCAAAAACUCUUCACUUCCCGCGGGAGAAAUCUUCGGACAAAAUGGUUUCUCAGGAUGCCAUGGAUCUCAUAACUAGAAUUUUGCAAGAGCGAGAAUACCGCCUGUGCUCUCCGAAGUACCAAGUCAAUGAUAUACUGAUUGGACGGCCCGUGUCAACCCAGAUGCUGUAUUCCAUGGACACGCGGUACAGAAACAUCGCAAGCUACUAUGUGUAUCCCAAUGAUGCAGCAGACAUCAAAGUCCACCCAUUCUUCAGAGGCAUCCGAUGGCAAGACCUCCACCUGUGCCAGCCACCAAUGGUUCCUAGAGUCAAAGGUUGGGAAGAUACCAGAUAUUUUGAUGAUUGGAAGAUGGCCGACAAUGCUGCCGGGCAGACUAUCACUAGUGACUCAGAUGAAAAUGCAGAUAGUCCUGGUCAAAACCCCAACGAGAUUGCCACCGAGGCUAAAGCGAUUGGUCCUGUGGAAGGCGCUACCCAGCCUCCAGUUGCUGAGGCUUGCCCAAGCGCAACACCAGAGCAGACGAAGCACGCCGAAAAGAAAAAGGAGAAGAAGCGGCCCCGUGAUAAGAUUCUUCGAGACCAAAAGAUGAGCAAGUCCGUCUUGGACAUUCGCAAAAGGGCGCGCUUUUUGGGAUAUACAUAUCGGCGACCCAACGAUGUUGCUUUGGCUUUCAGUACAGAGCGAGGGCGUCAAGUGCAUUCCAGAGGGCAAUUGGCAGGUCUGUACGCCUCCUGA